CGUCCACCUCCAACCCGAGCGUGCGGGGUUAUUGGACACGUGCUGUUGCUAAAGGGCGUGGGUUGUGCCCUGAGAUUGAUUCCAGAUUUCUCAAAACCUUCAACGGCUCCAGCAGAGAUGGGAUUCAGGAAGACAACAGCAGCAUCGGCUGGAGGAAGGAUGCCCUGCAUGAGAGCUGCCUGAUCCGAGCAGGGGCGAGCGGUGCCGCAGUGGACAUAUAAUCUGAUAAGCGCCUCUAUCUAUCUCUCCGCUUCUCCUCCAUGGACGACACGCCGGGAAGGGAAAGUAUACGUGCGGGUUGUUAAAUGAAAGCAUGCUGAGGUCACACUUGUCGGAGCCGAUGCAGAUUUCCACUUGGAACACCUGUCAUGGUUUCUUUUGAGCCCGGCCGGAUGACGGGGUGUUUGCAGGAGGGAUGACUGCUGCGCACUUUGCGCGUCCCGUGAUGCGGGUUCGGAGCGGAUGGUGCUCGGCACGGCUUCAGCAAGCCGGUCUGUAAAGUCUAUAGGCCGGUGAUUUGUAAUUUUCACGGAGAUCUUAUGCAAUGUGGAGGAAGAGCUGAUGUGCAGCUCAUAUAGGCUAAACAGGCGAUGACAUCAGACUCCCCUCUGCGCUGUAUUGCAGUAUAAGGUGGACCGGGGCGUGAGGUGACGAGGGGUGACAAUGCUUGCAUCCUCCGAGCUGGACACUUUAACGGGACGAUAUGUGUCCUGCACACUGUCAAUUAAGGCAUUAGGCCACACACCCUGAGCUGAGCUGACGAACUGCGUCACUGCAAGUGUUGUAUAGGUAUAGGCAGCAAACUCCCAGCACCAUGCAGGAGAGCAGCAAUCUCUCCAUCCUCCUCCUCCCUGCAGCAGCAAUGACACCGGUGAGUGUUUAACGCUUGGGAUGAAUUCGGCGGACCAAUCAAGUAAAGAUCCGCCGCUGGGAUCCACAUUUUCUUCGGCUCCUAAUUUAGACUCGGAUAUUAACGCAAACGCCUGCUGCAGGCCUGUGUAUGAGAACGGGACGGGGCACAAUGUCAACGCGCAGAGCGCGUCCCUGCGCGGGGCCAGCGACCCCAGCGCGUACCCGUCCACGCACUACCAGGCGCUGCUGCGCCGCAGGUUCAUCCGGAGGACUCUGUGGCUGUCCGACCACGAGGAGCAGAAUGCGGACACGCAGGUCCAGGACGCCGUCAGCAGCAGCAGCAGCAGUCCGGGGCUCAGCAUCGACCUGCGGAGCAUCGUGGACCGGACUCGGAGCAGGGCUCUGCACGGAGCAUCCGCGGACAGCCCGGCGGAGCCGAGGAGGAGAGGAGAUAGGGUUGCCACCCGUCCGGCAACCCUAAGAGGAGACAAGAGCGCAGACGAGGAGGAGGAGGAGGAGGAGGAGGAUGAGGAGGAGGACAGGAGGGAGAGCCAGCCCAGGCCCCCGGAGGUGCUGCCCCCGGAGGUCUGCACGAGCAGGGCGGGGAGCGACGAGAACGAAGAGGAGCCCGGGAUGAAGGCCGUGUCCACCUCUCCCGGGGGCCGCUUCCUCAAGUUUGACAUUGAGCUGGGAAGAGGUUCCUUCAAAACGGUCUACAAAGGGCUGGACACCGAGACCUGGGUGGAGGUGGCGUGGUGUGAACUGCAGGAACGGAAACUAUCUAAAGCUGAGAGGCAGAGGUUCAAAGAGGAGGCAGAAAUGCUAAAGGCGCUCCAGCACCCCAACAUCGUACGAUUUUAUGAUUUCUGGGAAUCACCGGUGAAAGGGAAGAAGUGUAUUGUUCUGGUGACAGAGCUGAUGACCUCAGGGACACUGAAAACGUAUUUAAAGCGCUUUAAGGUCAUGAAGCCCAAAGUUCUCAGGAGCUGGUGCAGGCAGAUUCUCAAAGGCCUCCAUUUCCUCCAUACAAGGACUCCUCCGAUCAUCCACAGAGACCUCAAGUGCGACAACAUCUUCAUCACCGGUCCUACAGGCUCUGUUAAAAUCGGAGACCUGGGCCUGGCAACGCUGAAGAGGGCUUCUUUUGCUAAGAGUGUCAUUGGCACUCCAGAGUUCAUGGCGCCAGAGAUGUAUGAGGAGCACUACGAUGAGGCCGUGGAUGUCUAUGCUUUUGGGAUGUGUAUGUUGGAGAUGGCCACUUCAGAAUACCCCUACUCUGAGUGUCAAAAUGCUGCUCAGAUCUACCGCAAAGUCACCAGUGGGGUGAAACCUGCCAGCUACAGCAAAGUCAGCGACCCAGAAAUCAAGGAAAUAAUCGGGGAGUGUAUUUGUCACAGGUGGGAAGAGAGGUACUCCAUCAAGGACCUCCUGAACCAUGCCUACUUUGCAGAGGACACGGGCGUGAGGGUGGAGCUCAAUGAAGAGGAUGACGGAAAAAAAUCCUCCAUCGCUCUAAAGCUGUGGGUUGAAGAUCCCAAAAAGCUCAAGGGAAAAUACAAAGACACCGGUGCCAUCGAGUUUACCUUUGACCUGUUGAAUGAAGUCCCAGAAGUAGUCGCUCAAGAAAUGGUCGAUUCGGGAUUUUUCCUGGACUGUGAUGUGAAGAUUGUUGGGAAAUCCAUCAGAGACCGUGUGGCUCUAAUCAAAUGGCGGAGGGAGCGGACAGUUUCAACAAAUGGAAACGGCGAGCCAGCUGGGAAGAAGUCGCAGCAGAACCUUCUGCAGGUGCCUGGUACCGGUGUGCCGCAAGGAACCACGUUAGCCCCUGCAGAUUAUGAGGACCAAGAGACUCUGAUCUGCACCGUACCUGUCACCACAUCUGCUACAUCUGAUAGUGGCGUGAGCUCCACCCUGCAAUUAGAGGACCUAAACAAUCAGCAGAAUGGCUGCUACCAGUCACUUCCAGAAAACAUUUCCACAGUGCAGAUGGUCUACAGUCCUGCAGCACAGGCCGACCCCCAGCUGCACCAGGGACCCUACCAGCAAAUCACAGCACAGGCCUCGCAUGAAAACUACACACAGACAUCCCCGCAAAUGCACCCUGGAGCCUAUCAGCAAACCACAGGUCAGCUGCAUCCCGGGGCCUUCCAGCAGCCGGCAGCACAACUGCACCAGGGGCCUUAUUCGUGUCAAACACGUCACAACAGUGAUCCCUUUGUAUGCCAAGAGAAUCUGCUCAUCACUGACAGCACAAUGUGUCUUAGGCGUGCCAGCGCUUCCGUGGUUGACAUGUUGAAGUGUAGGAUGCACUCUCCCACGAGGACAAACAAUCAGAGUCGCGGCCCGUCUCUGUUACAGGGUCUGCCCUCUUCAGAUAUCUCAGAGAGUACGGCUCAUGCUACAAAUAAUCCACAGAAUACCUCUCUAUCCCCGCCUCUCUUGUCCCCACGCUCUCUUCAUGACUCAGCAAGUCAUUUGGAUUCACCUCACCUUCUAGUUAAUUCACAGCCCCCGCCAGAGCUGCAUCUCAGUGUCCCGCACAGCCCACAGCACCGCUGCAAAGUGUGCAUGUCUGUGCUCGUGAAGGACAGGACGAAGGGAGGUGGCUCACUGGGGAACACACAUAAACGUACUGUCGACACGUCUAACCAAAUUUCUCACGGCUCCCCCACGUCUCCUGAUCGGUCAAGGUCUCCUCCGGCCACUCUACCCCCUAUUGUGGUCCAGCCUUUGACCCCAUCACCAAGCAGUCAGCCAGCCGUAGUGGCCUCAUCUUCACACCUUUCCUCGUCCCUGCCAGGCAUGUUUCCACAGAGUAUUUUUGAAAGCAAAGAUCUCAACCUUCUCAACUACUGUCUCCACCACAUUGUCAGUCGCAGGACCAGCUCCCCCAGCCUCUUCGAUAGAGGAGCUGUUAGUCACCCGUUACACGGCCAUGUUGAGACCGGGGGUUUUAGUGCUCCAGUAACUGAACAUGUAAGCAAGAGUCAUAGCCUAGACGUCCCUUUCUGUUGUACUUCAAAUCUGGACAGGAAGCUGCAGUUCUCACCACCUAACAGUGAAGGAACACCAGAUAUACUGACAGUUUCUGCUCCAGCUACGCCAGCUCCUUCUGCACACCAGAGCAGACCGACAGCACAGAGCUUCCCAGCCGCGUCCCCAACGCUGCAGAUGCAGCUUACUGCCCAGCCGAACCAGGAGCAGCACCAUCUCCAACCAGCUGCUGCCCCGCCCCAGUUGCUAUCUGCUGACCAGCUUCCAUCACACCUGAGUCCUCCUGAUACAUCCCUGAGUUUCCCACACUCAGUCUCCUGCACUCCUGCCCCAAUCCUGCCCCUGCAGAUCAGCACACAGUUUCCCUCACCAUACCCUGUUAUUCACACAGGGGGCCACAUGCCCCCAACCUUCUCCCCAGCUCCACUGAUGUCUGCCUACAGUAGUGACCAUCCUAUGCGUAGCUCCUACUAUUCACGGUCACCCCACCUUCCCUCCCUCCAUCUGACCCCUCACGUUGGCCUGCCAUCCGUAGCUACUCUUGGUACCCCUCAGACUCCUCUGUCCACACCACAGCAGGUGCCCAGUGGGGUAUUCCCUGUUCCUCUUCUUGCCAUGGCCACGUCCCCUGCAGUGACACUGCAGCAGGGUAGUCUUUCUGCAUCGCAGACAAACCUCGGUAGCAUCCAUUCCACCCAUCCCUUACCUUUCUCUCAGGUACAACCCACCCCAUUCCCUGUCCCCUACCCUGAGCAGGAACUGACUGAACAGCCUGUCCAGGUGAUAGCUUCACAUGGGACUCUCCCUCCUGUUGGUCAGAUUCCGCUCUGGGGACGUGGAGCAGAUGCUGAAACAAAUGCAGCAUGCAUGGACUUCUCUGCAGCCCCUGCGACAUCAGCUCCAGGCCCGGCCCCAGCUUCAGUCUCAGUUUCAGCAGGAGUUCAAGUUGAACCUCAAGCUCCAGCACAAGCCCCAGCUCAUGCGCGAGCACAAAACCAACCUCUGGUCCCAGUAUCAGCUCAAGCUCAAGCAUCCAUGCCUCAAACUCCAAUCCCAGCACUUCUGAAACCGUCACCUUCAGUCCCAGUGCAAGAUUCGACAGCAGUCCCAGCUCCAGCCUCAGCCCCAGUUCCAGCGCCAGUAUCUGUCCUCACUGUGGAGCUAACAAUGGUCUCCUCCAUGAGCCCAGACGCGGCCUCUGUCAUGGAUAAAUCCCAAAUCUCUGCCCCUGGUUUGGUAUCUGGCCCAGUCCCUGUUAACCUGCCAGCAGCGAUUCAGUCUGCAGCUCCUGUCGCAGCUUCAGUCACAGCUCCAGUUCUGCAGCCUGCUGGCACCCAGACAACAGUCUCAGUGCCUCAGUGUGCCAGCUUGGUUAACACUCAGCAAAACGUGGAGACGGCAUCUGUCUCUAGCGCCCUUCAACAGGAGCCCAGUCUGGAGGACAUGCUUCGUGAUAAACCAAUAUUAUCCAGUUUUGUCUAUGACAGCGUCAACUCUGAUGUAGCAUCUGGGAAGGAAACAAGUGAUGGUUAUGACAGUUUGGUUAGUACCAGCAAAGGCGAUGGAAAACCCCGAAAACACCACCGCAAGUCCGCCCGCACACGUUCCCGGCAAGAAAAGACCAGCAAGCCCAAACUGAACAUGCUCAAUGUUUGUAACACCGGCGAUAAAAUGGUCGAAUGCCAGCUGGAGACGCACAAUCACAAAAUGGUGACGUUUAAAUUUGAUCUGGACGGAGAUGCUCCAGAGGAAAUUGCCACUUACAUGGUGGAGAAUGGGUUUAUCCUGUUGUUAGAGAAGGAGGUCUUCAUUGACCAACUAAAGGACAUCGUGGACAAAGCUGAAGACAUGCUGAAUGAAGACAUGGAGGGUGAAAAGAGCUCCACUUUGAGUUGCAGUCCUCGACAAAACCAGAUGUCUGAGGGGCUAAUCGGAGAGAAUCAGCAGUCUGGAGCUCCUCAGCCUGUCUACCAGCAGAACGUUCUCCACACAGGAAAGAGAUGGUUCAUAAUAUGUCCUGUGGAGGAGACGCCCCGGUCCAGUCAGGACACCCCCUCUGAUGGGACAGCUACUCAGUCCCCCGGGAGCUCUGCCACCACCCAGCCUGCUGACAACAUCCCCGCAAGGCCUUCCACAUCCAGAGAAGAGGGGUCAUCUUCGACAAUGUCUGGCGGAAGUGGAGGAUUCUCUUAUGAUGUUUAUGGAUUCUGUAGUCCCCCAAUAAUGUCCAACACAGACCCACUCCUCCUGGCCACUCUGUCCCCUCCUGUGUCUGCGCCCCCAACGCUCCAGUCAGUGCCAUCAGUGGAACAGAUGCAGCCUAGCGUUCAUCAAGCCCAACCAACCAGAGCUCAGGCUCUGCCCCCAUCGUCCCCGCAUACGUCUUACCCAGUGGAAAAUUCAAAGGGAUCCCCUCAGAGCACCAUCUCCCCGACUCACGCGGCUCGACAAAUGCCCGAAUUGACACGCCCUGUUUCCAUCACGGACGAGAUGCCCUGCUGUCCUCUCGUCAUGCCCCUGUCUCUGGAUGUGAGUGGCUCACAUAUGGGGUCUCCUCUUGGUCCUCUUCCGCCACAGGAGCCCGGUUCAGCCAAAGAGCAGCCGCCCGUGUCGUUUGCCUCCGCGGUGCACGGCGAGCGGCCACAGCAGCCCGUGGUGCUCCACCAACCUUUCUCCACAGUGGCGGGGACCAAGGUUCCCUCUCUGCCUCAAAGUCCAGCGCCUUCCCAGCACGGUGCGGGCCCCAGUGAGUCGGAUAGUGAAGGACGGCUGAGCCGCGGAGGCUUUGUAGACAGCACUAUAAAAACUCUGGAUGAAAAACUGAGGAACUUGCUCUACCAGGAAUAUGCUCCGAUGUAUCCGUCAGGAAGUGCCGCGGAGACGCCAGGAUCUGGAACUGAGUACAUCCAGUCUCCUCCUGGUCCAGACAGCGCAGCGGGGGGUUCAGGAAACAGCACUCCAGGGCCCAUAGGGGAGGGACGCUACCGGCCAGGAGAACAGUUGCCUCAAAUUCCUGAGAGAAUGGAUAGUUUGAGCACACUGAGUGACUCAGCCGUGUGUGCUUCCCUGUCGAGAAGACACGUUCCUCACUCUGCCUCCUGCUCUGGAACAAGAGGUCGAUUUAAGAUUACUUGCGUUCCCCCUGAAGUCGCCACCAGACGAGAUGUGAAGCAAAGGAGCUGGAGCAGGGCUCCCUCUCCUGCAGCAGUUGGAUAUCCUGGCGACCACGUUCAGGCCGAGGCCAUGGCUACUUCCACCACAAUCGGUCGCUUUUCUGUGGUGAGCACUGAAGACGACAUCACGCAGAGGACACGCUGCAGCCGCUACUCUGCCCCGCCUGAUUUCUACCUGGACACGCUGCCUCCUGUGACCAAGAGGGCGUCUAUGCCUCGUGCCCUGACCUCAAAUUCUGUUCCUGUGGACGUCACGGUGCAUGCUCGCUUCCUCUCCUCAGACUCGGGGGCAGAGAGCAGCCCUGCAAAGCUGGCUCCUGCCACUCCGUCGCAACGCUCUCGCUCCGAGCGUAGAGGAAGUGACCUCAUGAAGAGGGCGGUGGCCUUUCUCCGGCGUACCGGCCGCAGCAGCAGCGUUCAGAGCUCAGACUCACCAAGCAGGCAUGGAGGUGUGCACGGCUCUGCCUAUGCUAGCAGCGAUAACGACUCAGAGAUGGAGGACUCGGACAUAAAGAAGGAACUACAGCGACUCAGAGAGAAACAUCUGAGGGAGAUCUCAGAGCUGCAGGCCCACCACCGAGGGGAAGUGGAGCUGCUGUAUCGCAGACUUGGCAAACCUCCUCCUCCAGGUGUUGGUCUCUCACAUGUGGCGCCGCAUACGAGCCGUCGAAAGAGGUCGAGCCGGCACAAGCUGAAGCCUGGGAAACUUCUCAGCCCCCUAGUUCAACAAUUCAGAAAUGUCACGACAAAAACCAGUGAUUCCAGCAGAUCUGGUACGGCUCCUAUUCAGAACCUCCAGUAUUGUCACAUUUUCAGCAAGGGUAAAAAGGGACGCUAUCCUCAUGCUUGUGUGUCCUCAGGUGCUGCUCCGACUACAGGUGAGCCCACAGUGAGUUUAAAUGGCUCUCCAGCCAAAGUACCUUUCCCCACUCACAGCAGGGCACGGUCGUGCACUAGCCACCUGCCCAGCUCCACCUCGGAGCCCGUGCAGACUCAGCAGCCCUGUUCCCUCAAAGGGUCACUGUCCUCAGACAAUAUCUACGCUGGACUGCAUGGAGACGGCACUGGCACACAAGCACCACCUGCACAAGGCUGGUCUAAUUACCCUCAACCAUCUGAGAGAGCGACCUAUAAAUCCAGUAGCAAGCCGAGAGCUAGAUUUCUCAGUGGGCCUGUGUCUUUGUCUAUCUGGUCAACACUGAAGCGGCUUUGUCUCGGUAAAGAGCGGGGCACCAGAUCUGGAGCGUCAGCGUCAGGAGCGUUCUCUCAGCCACAGCAAAUGCCUGGUGGUGUGACACCGCCUCCCCAUCAGCCUGUGAUUGGCCUGGCCCAAGCUCAAGCCAAUAACAGCAACAACAAAACCGCCACGUCCAUGAGUUCCAGCGAAAGCAACAUGCCAGAAGACUUGCAGCGACUGAUGGACGACUGGGCCCAGGAGGUUCUGAUAGUCGCCCACCGGCCGCAUACCAACUCUCUGAGUAUCCAUGGACCGCAGCUGUGGGAUCAGGUUGGAUCUCAAACACUCGAAGAACCUACUAUUUCUUCAGAUACAUCAGCGUGGAUGGCUCCGGGUGCAGAGACAUGUACUCUGCCCCAGUCGUGGCCCGACAGCCCUGGGUCUGCAGGGAUUUCCAGCCCCUCCCCAGGGUCCCAUUACGUUUAUCAGCUCCAUUCUCCUGCUCCGCUCAGAGCUGCGACCUCUCCUCUCUCUCUGAAACAGUGGCCUGGCUUUAUCUUUCCUGUUCCUUCAGGAGUCUUUGCCUUUCCUGCUUUGCCCUCAGCCCAGGAUACCCACAGCCCCAAUUCAGCAUCUUUACAUCAGCUAACCGACCCCAAGGCGAGGACUCUGUAAUCCGAGUAGCAUUGUGUCUUCCAACUCUAUUACCAAAAACAUAUCUAACUAUAGUUUUAGUCAAUCUUAUGUGCAUAUUCUGUAUAUAUUCAGCCAGCAUGUAUGUACCCACAUGUACAUGCCCCUCUCCAUUCUUUAUCUUAUUUGCUUUAUUUGAGUCAACAUACAGUACCUCAUGUCCUUAUUGCAGUGAAUUACCCUUGAGUGUGGCCGAUGGUGGGUUUGGACUAUUAAAGUGUACAGUUGACACAAUCAGACUUCAAAGUGUAGAUUUCUGUUGUUGUUUAAGGAUGUACAUUACCACUCAUUGAAUGUACAUAAUGUAAUGUUCAUUCAUGUUAUCUUCAUGUAAAUAGCUGAUGUUUGUGUUGCUUAUGUCCCCCCUAUGAAUAUAUAUUUCUAUAUAUAUGUGUAUAUAUAUAUAUAUAUAUAUAUAUAUAUAUACAUAUUCUAGGUGGUGUGUACAUAGCCCCUGUGUUUGUACAGUUAACGUUAGAUAAUAGGUUGGUGCUGCAGCUGUUUCUUAAUGCAUCACCUUAUUAACUUCUAUCAUGCCAUCACUGUGAAGACUUGACCUCCUGGUCACUAGGACCUGUUGCUUUACUCUGCUCUCUUAGAUCAGUCCAAGGAUCACUUUCAUUCUUCAUCAAUGAAAUGCUUCCAGCACAAGCGCUUGAAAUAUCCUUAAGAGAUUUGAAUGAACUUGAAUUUUAUCUUCAGGUGCAAAAGCACCUGUGAGAGUGCCUUGACUUGCAGUUUCAGUUUUCUGAAAAGGAGCGUUUAGACUCAAAGCAGAAACCGGAUAUUUUACAUAUAAAUUAUGUGGUUUGAACAAUGAAUGUGGAUUAAGAUGCAUUUAUUUAGAAAACAAAAUGUCACUGAAUACCAUCGUAAGAUUGUAAAAAAAAAAAAAAUCCAAUGGGAAUUUAAUUAUUCACACACUGUAGGCUUUUCUUUGUUCGCUGAAGUCAUACUCUUGUGGGAUUGUUCGACCACAGCUGCACUGUAGCCUGGCUGGAUGCAAGGUUAUUGCCAAGGUGCACAGGCUGAAGUGUAGAGUCACAGGAGGAUGUCGGUAUUGAAAUCAAGUGACAAGGAUGGCAGAAGGACUCAACAUACCAGUUAAAAUCGUAAUCAUCCCUUACCUCUACUAAUGCAAUCCGUAGCUUUACUUAUUGUUGCCUUUGUGGAUUUUGAGGGAUCACUAUGGUAAUUGUUGGUUGGCUUGAAUGCUGCAGAUGUGAGGACAACAGAGGAACUUGGAAACUAUGAGCUACUGAUAAGCUAAACCUGCUAGAGAUGUAAUUUGUACAAAUAUUGUAGGCUUUUCAAGUUAGAUUUCUUAGAUUCUGGCCUCCGUCAGUGCUCUUGAUUUUACAUCCUACAAAAACAACACUUUUCACUGACGUCUCGACCAUUUCUGCAAUUCUUCUAAAUCAAUUUGUGGAUUGGAUCGAGGACCGGAUGUGUUACUACAAUCAGAGUAGUAAGAAUCAUUUUACAGUCACUGUAUCCUUCAUAGUUUUGGAAGCUACAAGAAAGAUUAUUUCAAAAGGUUUCUCACAAUGUUCCAGAUGCUAUGAAUCAGGAUUCAGAGUAUGACAUUGUCCCAGAAAUGCGAAAAGCUACAUUAUCAAUGAUCAGGAUACAUUUUAUGAUAUAUUUCCAGAGACAGGAAAGACAUUUAACCAGUCUUCACAAAUAAGUUGUACACUGUGUUAUGAUUAAACAGAAUUUUGAAGUCAUUCCAUGUGUGCAGUAGGGCAAUAUCUUAAAAUGUAAUGUUUGUCUUUAAGACAAACAUCCUUGAUGACAUUUUUUUAGAACAUCUCCUAUGCAGUUGUUUUCUUUGUGCUUUACGACGCAUCGAUCUUUAUUCUCUUUAAUGCUUGCUGUGAAAGCUCUGUGUAUUAUUGCUUUCGCCUGCUGUAUCACCUGUUCUCCCAGCACUUUCCUGACCUUGUCAGAUCAAUACUCUCUCAAAGAAGCUGUACAUACUUGAAGAGAUCAAAAAUAAAUUUUUGCU